AUUACGGCUUUUCUUCCAUAAAUCUUUAUUUUCUCUAGAUUUCCGGGUCGCUUUGUCUGCGGAGAGAAAGGAAGGGGUUGAGCAACCGUUGGCAGUCUUUUUCCGGCGAUGGCUCGCACGAAGCAGACAGCUCGUAAGUCUACCGGCGGCAAGGCUCCCCGCAAGCAGCUAGCCACCAAGGCCGCAAGGAAGUCUGCGCCGACUACCGGGGGAGUGAAGAAGCCGCAUCGCUACCGCCCCGGAACCGUUGCACUUCGUGAGAUUCGCAAGUAUCAGAAGAGUACGGAGUUGCUGAUCCGUAAACUGCCGUUCCAGAGGUUGGUUCGUGAGAUUGCUCAAGAUUUCAAGACUGAUCUUCGGUUUCAGAGCCAUGCAGUGCUUGCACUUCAGGAGGCGGCUGAAGCCUAUUUAGUUGGACUGUUUGAGGAUACCAACCUUUGUGCCAUCCACGCCAAGAGGGUCACAAUCAUGCCUAAGGACAUUCAGCUUGCUCGUCGCAUUAGAGGCGAGCGUGCUUAGAAUUCCUUCUUCCGACCUUAUGUUUUUCUAGAAAUUUAGGAACUUGUUUCGUGAUACCUGGUUCUGUUAACCUGAACUAAAUUUCCUUUUAUUUGACAGACUUAUUUGGCUAUGAUGCUAUGUUUUGUGUUUUGUUAAACUUUUUGAAGAGUUAUUUGCUAUUUGGUAGUAUUAUUAAAUCGUUUACAUACUGGA